ACCGUCGGUCCGGAACGUGACUUUCUUCUCGACGCCCAUCUCGUCUGUCGGCCGCUCUGCUGCCCUCCGCGUGUCGCCGACUGACAUCGGUCGCUCGAUAGGUACUUACUAUCACGGUUCAGGAAGGACACCGCAGGACGCUGAGGAACCAAAAUGAAGGCCAUAAAAGGCGUCCUGCUCACCUGCGACUCGGCCGUGAAGCAGAUUCUGUUGACCAUGAACGAGAAGGAGAGCUUCAUCAUCGAGGACCUCGAUGAUUAUCACGUUGUCAUCAAAGCCGACGAGGAGUGGCGGGUUCGGCGGGAACUGGAGGCUGAGCUCGAGAAGAACACUUACAGUUUGGAGUGAAGUCUCCCUCGCCAUCGCAAUAGAUGCUGUGUGCUGUAGUGGCAAUGGAAAUCGGUGUACUUGUAUCAUAUUAUGUUAGGUGAUUCAUUCAUCUUUUGAGCCGCUCA